GAAGAGCUUAUUGUCCGGGCCUGCUGCUCAAGCUCGAGUUGACAUGGAGCUGUCGGGCAGUGACGGCGGCGCACUUAACCCCACCGAGUUGGCCCCGGCCUCAGUUACCCUGGCGCAGCUCCUGCAGCUGGUCCAGCAGGGCCAGGAGCUCCCGGGCGUGGAGAAACGCCACAUCACUGCGACCCAAGGCGAGCCCACGACGUCGCGGCUCCCGCGGAGGCCCAAGCCCUGGGAGGCCCCAUCAUCAGGCACCCCCGCCCUAGACCCGGGAACCGCGGCCCCGACCGUCGAGGAGCGGCCCCAGCCAGGCGGUGGCCCCAGGGGUCCUGAGGCUCGAGGUCUUUUGCAGCUGAGAUCUGGAGGGGGCGACUGCCCUGUAUGAACUUGAGACUCUGGACACCUGCCAUCCUUGCUGCGUUUGCCCUGACCUGUCUCAGCUGGAUCUCAUCCUCCUGGGAGCUUCCACGUUGCUCAGUAAUUAUGCCUUUGGGUCAUGAAUCUCGGCUUAAUACCCUGUUGUAGUCUGUCACUGAUACAAGUCAAUUUUGCCACCUGCAAGGCAUGUGUUUUCAUUUACCAACUCACUGGGGUCUAACCACAUGGUUCAGCUUAUCCUGCUGAUACCGGAGAAAUGAACCUGGGAUCCAAGCAUUUUUACUUUGCAGUCACUCAGGUUCGGUGAUAAAACUUGGUCCUGGAAUGAUAUAGCAAAUAAAAUCAAUCCCAAAACAUUUAAAAAAAAAAAAAAUCCUGA